AUGAGCACUGUUGUUGCCUUUCUUUUGCUUGAGUUACUUGCCAUAGCAACCAUCCACCUUAGCUUUUGCAGUGGAAGCUCUUAUCAUCUGGGUUGUAUCGAAAGUGAGAGAGAAGCACUUUUAAGGUUCAAGCAUGAUCUCGAAGAUCCUUCGAACCGACUUGUCUCUUGGAGUACUGUCAAUGCAGAUUGUUGUACAUGGUCUGGUGUUGUCUGUGACAACAUGACAGGCCAUGUCCUGGAGCUCAACCUUGGAAAUGAUUUUUCGUUUGAGAACAAAACUACGGAAAUUCUUUUAGCCGAACAUGAAGCUCUCAAUAAAUCAAUGUUAAGAGGUAAGAUUAAUCCUUCUUUGCUUAAUCUAAAGCAAUUAAUUUCCUUGGACUUAAGUUGCAAUGAUUUCAAGGGAGCUCCGAUUCCUAAAUUUUUUGGUAAUAUGAGAAAUUUAAGAUACCUUAAUCUUUCGGAAGGUGGAUUUCAAGGAAGGAUUCCCCAUCAACUGGGUAAUCUCUCUAAUCUUGAAUAUCUUGAUAUCGGUUGGGCUAACUCCUUGAUUACCGAUGAUUGCCUUGCGGUUCCUUACUAUGAGGCUGUGCAAGUUGAGAAUUUGCAAUGGCUGUCAGGUCUUCCUUUGUUGAAACACCUUGACUUGACAACUGUGGAUCUCAGCAAAGCCUCUGAUUGGUUGCAGGUCAUAAGCACAAUCUCUUCCUUAGAAGUGUUGAAUUUGAUAAAUUGUCAGCUCUACCACUUCCCUUCACAACCCCUUACAAAUCUUUCUUCUCUUGCCAUCCUUCAUUUAAGUGGAAAUUAUUUUGAAGGUCCAAUUCCUGAUGCACUUCAAAAUUUGACUUCCCUUAGACAUCUUUUUUUAUCUUACAUCUUCUUCAAUUCUUCAUUACCUGACUGGUGGUACAAACUUACCCGCCUAGAAAAACUUUAUCUUCCGGCCAAUCGCUUGCAAGGUAGUCUAGGUCCUCUGGGAAACUUGACUUCCAUCAAAACACUGGAUCUCAGUCACAAUAGAUUUGAUGGUGGAAUCCCAGUAUCAUUUAAAAGACUUUGCAACUUAAGGAGCUUCUAUAUCUCUGAGGUUGAAUUGAAUCAAGAAAUAUCCGCAGUCCUGAAUAUUUUCUCUAGUUGUGUUUCAGAUGUACUUGAGCAUUUGAAAAUGACUAGUUGCAAACUUUUUGGUUACAAUUCAAUUUCUGGUCCUGUUCCAACAGCUUUAGGAAAACUUGGGUGCUUGCAAAGUCUUGAUUUUUCCUACAACAAGUUCACUGGAACAGUUUCCGAUAGCCAUUUUGCCAAUCUCACAAGAUUGUUGCGAUUUGGUGCAUCUGGAAACUCUCUAACCUUGAAAUUCAGUCUUCAUUGGGUUCCUCCUUUUAGACUUCAAAAUUUAACUUUGAGUUCUUGUAAUUUAGGAUCUCAAUUUCCAUCAUGGAUCCGUUCAUUAAAACAUUUGUCUUAUGUUGAUAUAUCCAACUCAAGUAUUUUUGAUAGUUUUCCAACAUAUUUGUUUGAACAUCCUUUUAAUAUUGUCUAUUUGGAUCUCUCACACAAUAGUAUCUAUGGUCUGAUUCCAAAUUUGAUUGAAUUGGAUAAACUUGAGUUUCUAGACUUGAGUUCUAACAAUUUAUCAGGUCCUUUGCCUCUUAUUCCUCUAAGUUUGUAUAUGUUCGAUCUAUCCAAUAAUUCUUUCUCAGGAUCCAUUUUUCAUUUCUUAUGUCAUGAGAUAAAUGCUUCAAAGUCUUUGCUGCAAAUUCUCAUCCUUAAGAAAAACCUCUUCCAUGGAAAUUUACCUAAUUGUUGGGAGAACUUUCCAUACUUAAUAGUUUUGAAUUUAAAUGAAAAUAAUUUUAGCGGAAGCAUUCCAAUCUCUUUUGGAUCCUUAAGUUCUCUUCAGUAUCUACAUCUCCGCAAAAACAACUUCUUUGGAACUAUACCUGUGUCACUCAAAAAUUGUACGGAGAUAUUGACACUUGAUCUUGGUGAAAAUUCUUUUGUUGGGAAUGUUCCAACAUGGUUGGGAGUAAGUUUUCCUCAUAUGGUAAUUCUCAAUCUUCGAUCAAAUAAGUUUCAAGGACGUUUACCAAGAGAACUCUAUCAUCUUGCUUUACUACAAAUCUUAGACAUUGCUGAUAACAAUUUUCACGGAAUUGUGCCAAGAUGUAUCAAUAACUUCAGUGCCAUCACAAACCUUUGGGAAGAAAGCUCAGAUCUACGAUAUGGUGAAACACUUGAAUUCUUUCAAGGUUACAUUGAAGAUGCGUUACUUGUGAAUAAAGGUCAAAUGGUUCAAUAUAACACAAUCCUCCUAUGGGUGAGAAUAAUGGAUCUCUCGAAAAAUAAUUUCUCUGGAGAGAUUCCAUUGGAAGUGGCAAAUCUUGUUGCACUACAAGCAUUGAAUCUAUCACACAAUCAUUUUACAGGUACAAUUCCUAAGAAUAUUGGUGUUAUGAGAUCAUUGGAGUGUAUUGAUUUGUCUGGUAAUCAACUUUUCGGUGAAAUUCCACAAAGCAUUUCAAAUUUAACGUUUUUGAGUUCUUUGAACUUUUCCAAUAACAAGUUAACUGGAAAGAUUCCUUUAAGCACUCAAAUACAGGGUUUUGAUGCUUCUUGUUUCACUGGUAAUGAUCUUUGUGGACCUCCCCUUUCAAAGAAUUGUGGUGCGAUUGUCACACCAUCACACUGCAAUGACGGAAAUGUUGACAAUGAACAUGAAGUGGACUGGUUCUAUGUGAGCAUGACACUUGGAUUUAUGGUGGGUUUCUGGGCCGUAAUAAGUCCUUUACUCAUCAGCAGAAAAUGGAGGUUUAUGUAUUAUAAUUUCUUAGAUAGUCUUUGGAUCAGAGUUGAAAUUAUUGUAAGAAAAUUUUGUAGGUCAUUUUCUGUUUGA